AUGCUGCCGCUGCUGCUGCUACUGUCCCUGCUGCGGGAGGGGUCCCUGCAGCAGAAACCAGGCUAUGAGCUGCAGGUGCAGGAGUCGGUGACAGUGCAGGAGGGUCUGUGUGUCCUCGUGCCCUGCUCCUUCUCCUACCCUGAGACCAGGACUUACGGGACAAGAUCUGACCAGACAUUUAUCUUCUGGUUCCGAGAUGGGGACAAUAGUGACUAUGAUUAUCCUGUGGCCACCAACAAUCCCUAUCGUACAGUGAGGCCUGAGACGAAGGGCCGGUUCCACGUCCCCAGGGACCUCAGCACCAACAACUGUUCCCUGAGCAUCACAGAUGCCAGGAGGGAGGACACAGGGAUGUACUUCUUCCGAGUGGAGAAGGGAAGCAAUGUCAAAUACAAAUACAUCUGGAAUAAGCUGUCUCUGAAUGUGACAGCCCUCACAGAGAAGCCCCACAUCCAGCUCCCGGCAACCCUGCAGUCUGGCCACACCACACAGCUGCACUGCAGCCUGCCAGGACACUGCCCACAGGGGAGAUCUCUCCACUUCUCCUGGAAGGGCAGUGCCCCUGACUCUCAGACUCCCUGGAGGCUUGAACCCUCGUUGUUCCUGACACCAAGGCCCCAGGACCACGGCACCAACCUCACCUGUCGGGUGCAGUACCUGGGCAGUCUGGUGACCACAGAGAGAACCGUGCAGCUCAAUGUCUCCUAUCCUCCUCAGAACCUCAGCGUCAGCGUCUUCUUCCAAAACAGCACAGUAGGUCUCUCCCCACAAGCCCCCAGCAUGCUGCUUACCGGCUCAUCCCUCACCAUUCCGGUGGGCUGGCCUCUGCGCCUGCGCUGCUCAGCACUCAGCAACCCUCCUGCCAACCUGAGCUGGGUGCGGGGACCCCCAGACCUGCAGCCCACCCCUGUCUCCUUCACCGACAUCCUGGAGCUGCCGCAGGUGCAGCCAGAGUACGGAGGGCAGGUCACCUGCAUAGCCCAGAACUCGCUGGGCUCCCAGCACCUUUCCGUGAACCUCUCUGUUCAGGCUUCUCCACAUCUGCUGGGUCCCUUCUGCUCCUGGGAGGCCUGGGGUCUGCACUGCAACUGCUCCUCCCAGGCCCAGCUGGCCCCGUUCCUGCGCUGGCGGCUCCAGGGGCAGCUCCUGGAGGGGAACAGCAGCGGGAACAGCAGUGUUGCCUCCUUCAUGGUCACCUCCAGCUCUGCAGGGCGCUGGGCCAACAGCUCCCUGAGCCUCCGCGGGGAGCUCGGCCCUGGCCUCAGGCUCAGCUGCGAGGUCUGGAAUGUCCACGAGAGCCAUAGCGUGCAGGUCUUGCUGCUGCCACCACCACCAGAAGGCUCCCCGCCCUCCUGGCCCUUGGUGCUUACCCUGAUCAGAGGGUCCCUCAUGGCAGCCGGCUUCCUUCUCACCUAUGGCCUCACAUGGCUCUACUACACCAGGUGCGGAGGCCCCCAGCUUCACGCCUCGACACCGAGAUGAGCACGGGGCACCCAGAGCCACAGCCGCGGCCAUGUCACGCUAGCCUCUCCCUGGAGGCAGCUCUCUGCGACUCUUUCCUGCCUGCCUCCUUUCCUGUCCUUAAUCUACCAAGCCCAGCACGUCCUGCCCCAUCCCAGCUUCACCUGCUGCCCUUCUCAUCCCUCCCCACCACCUGCUCCAACAUGUGGCUGGGCUGCAUGCUUCAGGUCCCCCACACCUGAGAGCUUGCCUUGUUGACCAUGGAAGGACAGGGGAGGCCAGAAAUGACCCAUCCCCGAGACCCGGAUGCACUGCGCAUUGCAAGCCUGGCUGCUCCCUCCACCUGGAGCUGCGACUGU